AAGAAGUUGAAGCACUUCAGGAAACUCCUGCAGUCGUGGUGGUACCUGAACCCGCUGUGGUCAUUCAGGACCAAAUAACCGGCUCUCUGCCUCCGCUGUUUGGGCUGGAAUCACAACCAGCUUCAAUCCUUGCUGCUCCUGCUCCUGCAGCAGUGUUCGAGUUUGUGCAGAAUUCUGCUCCUGCUUCGACUCUGGCUUUUGCUGCUCCAGUUCCCGUCCAAGAUUCAGCUCCUGCUCCAGAUGCCGUCUUAGUCCCAGCUCAGUCCCUAGACUCUGUUCCAGCUGUAACUCCUGCUCCUCCCUCAGCUCCUCCCCAAGUGGAGACCCUCUAUACAGAGUCACAAGGCAAGGAGGCCCCAGGCCAGGUCCUGAUUGAGGACUUAGGCCCAGAUGAGGAGGAGGACGUCUCUCCAUCACAAGGCAACAAACGCGCUAAUGAAGAUUUGAGUGAAACACUUUCGAUCAACGUGCCUGAACAAAAUAACGUGUACUCAGUUCCAACUGUCUCUGCUCAGCCUAUGGCUCAGGAAUAUUUUCCAGGAAAUUAACUGCAACUUUUUUUCUGAAAUGCACUGUUAAGAUAUUGCUUUAUAUAUACAAAGCCUCGUCACAGUUGGUUUCUGUUUUCUUCUUUUUUUGUGUAGUGUGCACACACAGGAUGAGGCAAGUCAUUGCUUAUUUGAAAGAUGUAUGAAUUCAAACCAAAGCUGUAUGCUUAUUUAUUUUGGUUGUGCUUCACUGCAAAGCUUAUGAUCUUUUUUUUUAUAUACUUUCAAUUUAGUAUGCAACCAGUUUCACUGGCCUUUAUUUAAAAGUUAAGGGUAUAAAUCGCUGGUAAUUAUGUAUUCAUAAUUGUGGAUUUAUUUUUACAGAAUUUUGUAAAAGUUACUAUUCAUCUAAUAAAAGUCAUUUCUGCAUCAUUUAACAGUAGUCGUUAUUAUAGGAGUCAUCGACUGAGAAAGACAUCCACAUGCAGUUAGAAUUAACUCGAUUUUCAUUAAAUGAAAUAAUUAUGUACCAUUUUGUUCACAUAUGACAUCUCUCCUCUCUGGUGAGUGAAAUUAAAUGAUGUUUGGUCUACAGUUUGAACAGCAUAUCUGUAGAUUUAAUCUGUGGCUUAUCGGUUGAGACACGUGUAGUGAAACAUUUAGCCCUAUCUGCAAGUGGCUACUGGUAGUGCUUAUAAUUUACUCAUUUGUACUACAUAAAGAGAUGGAAAAGGUACUCGUAAAAGCUGUAAUAACUGAUUAAUUAGAAAAAUGACAGAAAAAGUUGAAAGAUGCGCUACUGGAUUGAAUGACUAUGGAGGCCAUUUGAGUAAAUGGAACUCACUGUGUUGUUCAGUAAACCAGGUUGAGAUGAUCUGAGCUUUGUGAGAUUAUGAUAUCCUACUGGAGGUAGCCAACAGAAGAUGGGUACAGUGUAGUCAUAAAGGGGUCGACAUGGUCAGCAGCAGUAGUUGGGUAGGCUGUAUAGAUGAUGCUCAGUUGACCAAAUUGUAUGAAAAAUAUCCUCCACACCAUUAAACCACAAACAUCCUGAAUCACUGAUACAAGGUAGGAUGGAUCCAAAUUCUGGCCCUAACAUCUAAAUGUUGCAGAAGUAAUUGAGACUCAUCAGAUCAGGCAACAUUUUCCCCAAUUUUUCAUAGUGCUGAAUGAGUGUAUGUAGUGAAGAGUUUUAAUAUUCGACAACAGUGUUCAACAAUCCAGGUUGAGAUGAUCUGAGCUUUGUGACCUGGUAUGAUUUACUUUUGUAAAUCAGCUGAUUUAAGGAUGCAACAAAAAAAUAAAAAAAUAAAAAAAUUGACAGGUUGAUUCUGUUCAUCUGGACGUCGUGUUUUCAGUUGGAGAAAUGUUUUGUCUCUCAUCCAAGUGACUUCUUCAGUCUCUGAAAACUUCUCCCACUGAAAACACGACGUCCAGAUGAACAGAAUCAACUUGUUGGGAUUUCUCUUCCUGGGUGAUUGAGCAUGCAUCAAGACAUUUUCACUAAUGAUUAACUAUCGCCUUAUUUGUUGCAAAUUGUAGCCUCAGCCAUUUGUUCUUAACUUAGAUGUGGUCUUCCGCUGCUGUAGCCUAUAGUUCAAGGUUCAAGAAAUGCUUUUCUGCAUAUCUUGUUUGUAACCAGUGGUUAUGUGUUGCCUUGUUGACUUCCUAUAUGCUCCUGUGGACAUUCUGCCAUCAAUAAGGCAUAUCCUACACUGGAUAGUGUGGUGGUAAGACCACACAUCUUUGGAGCUGAGGUCGCAAGUUUGAUUCCCUCCCAGUGUCUAGUAAGGGUCCUCGCUAGGCCCCCCAUGUCAAACACCAAGCCCUGGAAUGGCGCGGCUAUGUCUCCAGCCUGUCCACAGCUCGGACACGACACAUUUCCCUGUACUCUGUAUGAUUGUGUAUGCGACCAAUAAAGCUAGUUUUGUUUAAACUACCACUCAUUUGGACCAUUCUCUUUAAAACACCAAAUCGUCUGGCACCAAAAGUCACUCUUAGAUCAACUUUCUUUCUAAUUCUUAUGCUUAGUUUCAACUUCAGCAGGUCAUCUUAUUCACAUCUGCAUGCCUAAUGGACUGAGUUGCUGCCAAGUUGAACAAGUAUAUCUAAGAAAGUGAUCAGUGACUGUACAUAUGUUAGUGUAAUAUUAAUAUACAAGUCUUUAGUUAGUGAUUUCGAAAGAUUCAUUAGUGCUUAAGCUGCAAUGAUCCCCUGUAGGUGUUGAGGGGAGGUUAACUUCAAAUACCUAAAAUUACAAUACAUUUUUUUUUUAAUUGUGUACAGCCAAACCUGUUGAACAACUAGUCCAUUCAGGGCUAGACAAAUGCAGGAUAUGCACAUGUACCAAUAAAGACAACACAACUAAGUAUAUACGACAUUACAUUGAUUUCGUUUGUGCUAUGGUUUGCCAAUAUUUAUUUAUUUAAAAAGCAGACUGUAAACGUGUCUUUGCUGCCCCCUGUUGGUAGAAAACAUUCCUUCAUCAUGGCGUGUUUUGUGCAGCACAUGUAACUACAUAUUAUUUUUAAAUGAUGGACGGGUAAUUUAAGCGAAACGGCAGCAAAAAUAAUCCCAAACCAACGAACCCACAGCAAUGACAGACUUACAGAGGGGAUUCAGAGGAGCCGACCUGUUUCAGUUUAACGCGUGCAGCACUCUUGGUUGGCCAACAAUAAAGUCUAGCAUGCACUUCCGCGUUGACAAAGUCUCUCCGGUCUCAGCAGCAACAACAGCCGCUAAAAGCUCACCGUUUCAGAGCUGUCUUUUGUCUUUGUGUUAGUAAGAUGAGUCUGCUGUGUGAGUGCUGCUCCGAGCACAUGGAUAAACUGAACCAGCAGGUUUCUGUGAUGCGAAAAGAAAUCAAGAACCUGAGGCAGUCGCUAGACAGUGCAAUUAGAGCUCAUCGCAAACAGCUGCUGGCGGUUCAGGCUGCUGUGUCGAAGAUUGGACUCAGCGAAGAAGUUAAAGCUCCAGCACCUACACCACCUUCACCACCGUCGCCAGCAGCAUUAGAGCGAGGGGACAUCCAAACGGUCCCAAUUGGUUACAUUAGUUCCUGUUUUUCUGUGAAGAACGGGACUCCCCGGCAGCCCACUAUUUGUGGCCCUUCAAGGGCAGAACUUCGAAUUCAGCCGAGUGUCUUCAACAACCCGGAGCACGCUCUGGUGGGCCUGGAGCAAUACUCCCAUGUUUGGAUAAUUUUUCUCUUCCACAAAAACGGCCACCUGAGCUACAAAGCCAAAGUGAGGCCGCCCAGGCUGAACGGGCAGAGAGUCGGUGUGUACUCGACACGCAGUCCUCAUCGACCGAAUGCGUUGGGCCUAACACUGGCAAAGCUUGACAAAAUACACGGUGAUACUCUACACCUGUCAGACAUUGAUAUGAUUGCAGGCACCCCAGUCCUGGACAUCAAACCCUAUAUCCCAGAGUAUGACUCCCCCAACACCCGGAGGAGCUAUGAGGAGGACUCAGAGCCCUGCAAUUCAAACACUGACCAAAUGAAUGACGACAAGAGAAACCUCACUAACCUCCCUGAAGGAUCAGACAUAGAUGUGCAGUUAAACACAGAAGAUCGAGGAGCAGCGAGUGAUUAUGUGGGGAAUCUCCUCCCAGAAGAAAAAACGAAUACUAACACAACAGGUUCAUCUCAUAUCAGUGCUCAGUUUUCUCUGUCCAAAGACCUCAGUAAUGUGCUGGAGGAGGUCAAGGCUUUUGUGAACCAAGACGUUUUCUUAAGUUCUGAGAGUAAGAACCGAGGUUCAGACUCUCCUAAAACUAAACCACCUUUGUUGGAAGUAGACCAUCCCUGCUACGGAGAGGAAGCCUACACUACGAUCGCAGGCUGGAUCAGAGAGCCUCCUGUCGCAAGUCUGGAUGUGCGAUUCAGCCUUCACGCGGAGAGGGAGCUGGCAGAAUUCAUCCCUGCACACCUGUCAGGACUGUCUGAAAGCCACAGACCCCAGUUUAAGUUUCUGCGCAGUACAGAGGAGGCAGUCGCUGCCAUCAGAGGGGUCCUGUCAGCAGACCCCCGAUCCGUCUACAGGAGGACUCGCUGCAAGGACAGACUCUUUUUCUUCACCCUUGACACGGCUGACAUUACCUGCUGGUUUGGACAAGGCUUUGCAGAGGUGCUGCAGGUAAAACCUGUAGAGCCGCACAUUGCUUCAGUAUGAGAAACUUUUUCAUUGAUGGAUUUUGAGCUGAAGAGAGGAGCCUUUCAUGUGACACAAAAACACCCUCUUGUUUGUUCCUUUCUUUUUGGUAUUUCAAUCUAAAUUCUUUGCUGGCAAACUUUUAUUUGUAAAUCAUAUUGGCUUACU